AGCUCAGAGACCAGAAACAGCACGGCUCCAGCAGAUCUCAAAUACCGCUCACAGGUCAUGGCUUUGCUUCGUCAGGCAGUUCGUUCAGUGGCUCAGGUGUCAGCAGUGCGAGCGGCUGCGCCAGGUGCAUCCAUCCUCUGCCGGGCCGUUCCAUCAGCCGAUGUCACCUUAAGCGGUGCAACUGUGGCACCCUUGGCUUCUGUGGGCCUCGGUGCCCCUCUCUCCAAGCGACAUGCGGGUGUCUCCGUGCUGGGCUGUGCCAUUGCCAUGGUGGCAGUGGGCGGUUGUGCACAGGGCAUCGGUCAGCUUUUCGCUGCAUUGGUGGUGGGCAUGGCACGCAACCCAUCCAUGAAGGAGGAUCUGUUCACGUACACAUUGAUUGGGAUGGGUUUCUUGGAGUUCUUGGCCAUUGUCGUCAUCCUCAUUGCAGGCCUGCUGCUGUACUCCGAAUAAGGUGCUGGGCCACUGCACUUCACGGGCACCGUCCAUAUGAAAUGCCAGGAGGCUUCUGAGCAAACGUGAUUUGCAUACGGUGAUUCAAGUCUUAGUGGCUCAUGCUAUGCAGCAUUCUUCCAAGCAUGAAGUGAAUCAAGUGGUUCUGUGGUUCUGUGGCUCUUUAUAGCUUUAGAUCUUUCAGCUGCAAAGCUUCGGGCAAAU